GAGAGAGAAGUAGCAGAAGAAGACUUAUAUAUUCUGAGUGAAAGAUUUGCAGAGAAAAGUGCGAAAGGGUUUUUCUUAGAGGUGGCGAAUUUCAAUCUUGAAGGGGAGACGCGAAGAGGCGGCUUCCAAUUGUUCCUGUCAUCUUUAUUUUCAAGUUUAGGAUUCAGUCAAGUUAAUCAAGAAGAAGAAGAAGCGAUGGGUUCUAGAGCAGUUCUUAAUCACCAACAACAAAGAGAUGUACCAGUUGCUGGGGCAGCCAAACAGAAGAUUAUUGCACCUGGAGGCGGCAAUAACAGGAGAGCCCUUGGAGAUAUUGGGAAUUUAGUGAAUGUUCGAGGGGUUGUUGGUAUCGAAGGGAAGGCACUACCAGCGAAUCGCCCUGUUACUAGGAGCUUUGUUGCGCAAUUGCUAUCAAAAGCACAAACUGCAGAAGAAGCUGCAAACCUUAAGAAACAAAUUCCAGCUAUUCCUGAUGGAGCUGUGGCUAAAAGAGUUGUAUCGAAGGGAGUGGCAGUUCAAAAGAACAGGAGACCUCUUGGAGAUAUUGGAAAUCUGAAGGUUGCUGUAAAAGCUAAACAAGAAGUGGUAAUCGAGGAUGGUGGUCCAGUUAUGGAAGAGACCAAAAAAGAAAAAUCCAAAAGUCAUCAUAAAUCUUCAAAGAAGAAGAAAGUUAUCACAAUGAGUUCCGUUCUUGAUGCUCGAAGCAAGGCUGCUCAGGGUGGUAUUGCUGAUAAACCCAAGGAGUCAAUCAUUGAUAUUGAUGGACCAGAUGCUGACAAUCACUUGGCAGCUGUUGAGUACGUUGAUGACUUGUAUAAAUUCUACAAGCUCACAGAGAGUUCAAGCCAAGUUCAUGACUAUAUGCACUUACAAGAUCAGAUAAAUGGGCUUAUGAGAAUGAUUCUUGUGGACUGGUUGAUUGAAGUUCAUAACAAAUUUGAACUCACUCCUGAAACUUUAUAUCUCACGAUCCACAUUGUUGAUCGCUACCUUGCGAUGAAUCUAGUUAUAAGAAGGGAGUUGCAGUUAGUAGGGAUUAGUGCUAUGCUCAUAGCAAGUAAAUAUGAAGAAAUCUGGGCUCCAGAAGUGAAUGACUUUGUUUGUAUCUCAGACAAGGCUUACAACAGAGAACAAAUAUUGGCCAUGGAGAAGGCAAUAUUGGGAAAGCUGGGAUGGACCUUAACUGUUCCUACUCCAUACCAUUUCCUAGUUCGUUUUGUCAAGGCUGCUGUUGCAGACAAAGAGAUGGAGAACAUGACAUUUUUCUUGGCGGAGUUGGGACUGAUGCAAUAUUCAAUGAUAAAGUACUGCCCAUCGAUGUUGGCUGCAUCUGCUGUCUAUGCAGCACAAUGCACCCUCAAGAAAACCCCUCUUUGGAAUGAUACAUUGAAGCUACAUACUGGUUUCGCUGAAGCUCAACUUAUUGAAUGUGCCAAAGAAUUGGUGAGCUUCCACUCUGCGGCUCCAGAACAUAAACUUAGGGUGGUUUACAGGAAAUACUCCAGUUCAGAACGUAGUGUCGUAGCUCUGCUUCCACCAGCCAAUAACCUCUUGGCUUGAUCUCCCCCUGCGAUUAUGGAUCAUUGGUGCUGUACUUCCCGCUUGCCAACAACCUCUUGGCUUGAUUGAUUGAUUCAGAGAGAGGAGUGCCUUUUAAUUUAGUGCUUUAUGUUAUACUGUGUCCUCAAGUGAUUAUCAUCAAACUAUGGGUCAUCACUGCUGUAUUGAUCGAGAGGUUUCAAUGAAACUAUGUGUUUUUAGCGUUUUUUUAACAAUUGCCUCAAUUUGGAGAUUUGCUAUUGCUUAAUGGAGUCAAUUUUGUUCAGAAAUGGUGUGUACAUACUCUAUGGUUUUAUUUGCGAUAUUAACAUGAACAAAUUUGG